GUCGACAGCGUGGAGCAUGGCUAUGGCGCCCAGGUACCAGUGUGGAGCACGGCUUUGGCGCCCAGGUCCACAGCGUUGAGAACGGCUAUGGCGCCCAGGUACCAGAGUGGAGCACGGCUAUCGCGCCAAGGUCGCCAGUGUGGAGCACGGCUAUGCAGCCCAAUUAAGUCGCCAGUGUGGAGCACGGCUAUGGCGCCCAGUUAUGUACCGCUGACGCAGUUCGCCAGUGUGGAGCACGGCUAUGGCGCCCAGUUAAGUACCGCGGACGCAGGUCGACAGCGUAGAGCACGGCUAUGGCGCCAAGGUCCCAGUGUGGAGCACGGCUAUGGCGCCCAGGUCAAUAGCGUGGAGGACGGCUAUGGCGCCCAGGUCGAUAGCCUGGAGCACGGCUAUGGCGCCCAGGUACCAGAGUGGAGCACGGCUAUUGCCCAGGUCGCCAGUGUGGAGCACAGCUAUAACGCCCAGUUAAGUAUCGCUGACGCAGGUCGACAGCGUGGAGCACGGCUAUGGCGCCGGGGUACCAGUGUGGAGCAUGGCUAUGGCGCCCAUGUUAGUACCGCUGACGCAGGUCGACAGCGUGGAGCACGGCUAUGCCGCCCAGGUACCCGAGUGGAGCACGGCUAUGGCAACCAGGUCGACAGCGUAGAGCACAACUAUGGCGCCCAGGUACCAGUGUGGAGCACGGCUAUGGCGCCCAGGUCGUCAGCGUGGAGCACGGCUAUGGCGCCCAGGUCGACAGAGUGGAGCACGGCUAUGGCGCCCAGGUACCAGAGUGGAGCACGGCUAUGGCGCCCAGGUCGCCAGUGUGGAGCACGGCUAUGGCGCCCAGUUAAGUCGACAGCGUGGAGCACGGAUAUGGCGCCCAGGUACAAGAGUGGAGCACGGCUAUGGCGCCCAGGUCGACAGCGUGGAGCACGGCUAUGGCGCCCAGGUACCAGUGUGGAGCACGGCUAUAGCGCCCAGGUCGACAGCGUGGAGCACGGCUAUGGCGCCCGGGUACUAGAGUGGAGCACGGCUAGGGCGCCCAGGUCGACAGCGUGGAGCACGGCUAUGGCGCCCAGGUACCAGUGUGGAGCACGAUUAUGGCGCCGAGGUACCAGUGUGGAGCAUGGCUAUGGCGCCCAGGUACCAGUGUGGAGCACCGCUAUGGCACCCAGGUCGACAUCGUGGGGCACAGCUAUGGCGCCCAGGUACCAGUGUGAAGCACGGCUAUGGCCCCCAGGUCGACCGCGUGGAGCACAGCUACGGCGCCCAGUUACCAGAGCGGAACACGACUAUGGCGCCCAGGUCGCCAGUGUGGAGCACGACUAUGGCGCCUAGUCGAUAGCGUGGAGCACGGCUAUGGUGCCUAGGUACCAGUGUGGAGCACGGCUAUGGCGCCCAGGUCGACAGCGUGGAGCACGGCUUUGGCGCCCAGGUACCAGUGUGGAGCACGGCUAUGGCGCCCAGGUAAGUACCGCUGACGCAGGUCGACACCGUGGAUCACGGCUAUGGCGCCCAGGUACCAGAGUGGAGCACGGCCAUGGCGGCCAGGUCGCCAGUGUGGAGCACGGCUAUGGUGCCGAGUUAAGUACCACUGACGCAGGUCGCCAGUGUGGAGCACAGCUAUGGCGCCCAGUUAAGUAUCGCUGGCGCAGGUCGACAGCGUGGAGCACGGCUAUGACGCCCAGGUACCAAUCUCGACAGCGUGGAGCACGGCUAUGGCGCCCAGGUCGACAGCGUGGAGCACGGCUAUGGCACCCAGGUACCAGAGUGGAGCAUGGCUAUGGCGCCCAGGUCGACAGCGUGGAGCACGGCUAUGGCGCACAGGUACCAGUGUGGAGCACGGCUAUGAAGCCCAGGUCGACAGCGUGGAGCACGACUAUGGCGCCCAGGUACCAAAGUGGAGCAUGGCUAUGGCGCCCAGGUCGACAGCGUGGAGCACGGCUAUGGCGCCCAGGUACCAGAGUGGCACACGACUAUGGCGCCCAGGUCGACAGUGUGGAGCACUGCUAUGGCGCCCAGGUCGACAGCGUGGAGCACGGCUAUGGCUUCCAGGUACCAGAGUGGAGCAAGGCUAUGGCGCCCAGGUCGACAGCAUGGAGCACGGCUAUGGCGCCCAGGUACCAGUGUGGAGCACGGCUAUGGCGCCCAGGUCGACAGCGUGGAGCACGGCUAUGGCACCCAGGUACCAGUGUGGAGCACGGCUAUGGCGCCCAGGUUGACAGCGUGGAGCACGGCUAUGGCGCCCAGUUAUUAGAGUGGAGCACGGUCGCCAGUGUGGAGCACGGCUAUGGCGCCCAGUUAAGUACCGCUGAUGCAGGUCGACAGCGUGGAGCACGGCUAUGGCGCCGAGGUACCAGUGUGGAGCACGGCUAUGGCGCCCAGGUACCAGUGUGGAGCACGGCUAUGGCGCCCAGGUCGACAGCGUGGAGCAAGGCUUUGGCGCCCAGGUACGAGAGUGGAGCACGGCUAUGGCGCCCAGGUGCGCCGUUCUAUUCUGCACAAACUUCCCCUUGCACGUCAGAAGACAACGCACCUGCCGACCCGGGUUCCUUACAAAGGGAAGUGGGUCCAUUUGCCCUCAACUACCAGGUCGCAAGUGAGUCAGCAUCCGUUGAGACAAGAGCAACCGAUGACGACCGAAAGGUGCAGUACAUAGGAUUCUAUCGUUGUGGGCGGCAGCCGGGAUAUUGGCAAGGGAAGUUGUCGAUGGCAGCAAAAGCUCCUUCAGGCCACUGGCUGCCUUUGGGGUUCAUGAAGAAGGGACUUGUAUCUCAUUGGCAAUUCAUGGUUGUGCUUGCCAGGGUAUCGUUGCGCAAUCCUAACAUACUGGAUAAGAAGGUAUUGCACGAUCAUGCACAGCAGCAUUUCCAUUCUUUAGCUCUUUUGGGAUGGGUGCCGGUCAUUUGGAAAGAGGAACAUAUGGAUAACAGUCCUGUGCAUGUUACUUUUAAGGAUCCAUUGGGAGUUCCUUUCGACCUGGUUUAUGAAGGGGGUUUAUUGCGUCAUUGCAUGUUGAGUGGAGGCGAGGCAAGAGACCAUGCAGUUUCUGCAGAGCAAGAGGACGCAGAGCAGGAAGUUGGUGGGUUGAGUGGAGAGAGAGUUCGAUAUCGUUAUAAAGUCGUUCGUCAUCGAAGGACCGUGGGUAGUGUAGAAAUGGCAACGAGGGCAAAAUACGACGACAUCUGCAAAAAGAGAGGUGAGCAAAGAAGCAACUCAACUCGGUUCAAUGAAGAAGUCGACGUGCGUCGGGCAAGAGGAGCGAGACACAUGAACAAUGUAAAGGUGGAUCGUGCCAAAGAAGAUGUGAAAAGCACAAGAGCUGAUCUUCGGCAACGGUUCAGGGAGGAGUUCAAGGAGAAAGGCAAAGGUGGGAUCGACGGGAUGUCUUCAACGCCGAGAUGGAAUAUGGAACAAAGGAGGGAGGAGGGAACAACGAUGCUCGCCGCACCACGAAAGGCAAAGAAAUUGUGUCUGGAGGAGGAGAAGGAGGAUGUCAUCAUUGGCAACCCACACAGAAUUCAAUCCGCGCAACGCAGGGAGAGAACAACCCUUGGGGGAGGAGGUGGAAGACGUGUGGAAAACAAAUGCACAAGAGCAGGAGACAAAGGUUCACCGAGGAACAGAGAGGCUAAAUAUGACAAGAUCAGUUUCAGAGAAAGGGAACUGAAAACACACCCCUAUCAGUCACGUAGACAAGAACACGAAGAUUACCCUGCAUCGCAGGAGGUGGAGGAAAGUACGGAUAGAGAAGACGAGCAUUCGGAACACACACAUUCACAAGCAAGUCCGGCUCAGGGUCGACAUAAUGACUAUGAGGAAGGCGAUUCUGAUGAAGGAGGAAACAAAGUCACAGGGGAAGAUAUGGAUGACGCAGAUGAGCAGGAUUGUGACAACUCCAACGAAACGACGAAGCUGCGCGAAGAGAAAACAGCUAACAUAUUCUACAGCAAAGCCCAAAUGCUCUUAGAUUAAAAACUAGCUCCACUUACCUUUCGAACGAUCAACAGUCUAUACUUGACUUACUAAGAUAAUUCCUUACUAAGCAAGUUUGUCUUAACUUCCAGUAAAAUUUACCCGAACAU